CCGUCGCUGUGCGUACGGUGUCGUGUUUGUUGUUAAGCUGCAUCUGAAAUAAUUAGCCUUGUUUGAUUUUUAACAUCGGUUUUAAUGUAAUGAAACCUUUGUAUCCAGAUGAGGAAGAAGACGAACACACUAAUAUUCGCCAAAAUGAACUGAUGCUCUCAGAAUGUGACACACAGAGCAUCCAACAAUUCAGUGGUGCUUUGGAGCAGGGCAACACUGAUGGAGAAGAUCAGGAGGAGGCCAGGCGCAGUGAAGGAGUCUUCCUCACUAAUAUGGAUGAAGUGGGGAGGUCUGACUGGAGCCCCAAGACCCAGAGUGAAGCAGUGAAUCAACUGAAGAGUCUACUGCUGAAGCACAGCAAAGAAGUGUCUCCCCCAUUCUCCUCUCCAAAAAAGCACUCUGCUGUUAAGCGGCUCCAGAAAGAGCAGAAAUCCAAUGUCUCUGCAAAUCAGGAUUUUGUUCCAAUUGCACAUGACCAGUCAGAGUACAUCCAACAUCUGGAGGCAGAGGUCAAGUUCUGCAAGGAGGAACUUGAAGGGUUGAAGCGUCGCAUCAGAGUUGUGGUGGUGGAAAACGAAAAGCUCCAUUCUGAACUGAAGUCCAAACAAGAGUCUUUUCAGGAUUACAUGAUUCAAAACUCACUGGUGAGUGAGGAUUUUCCAGCCAACAACCACUCAGCCAAUUCCAAAGGCAUCGCUCUGCGGGAGGGAACACAAAACUACAUAUGGAAACAGGAAAUGGAACAACUCAGAGUCAUCCACAAGUCUCAGAUUGAAAGUUUGGAGGCUCAGAUUGUCUCUCUCAGGAAGGAACUUUCGGUGAGCCAGAGGGAGUGUGAGGAGGUGAAGGUUUUGCGACACCGAGAGAAGCAGACUGCAGACGCCCUGAGAGCUGGUGGAGGUCCCCGUGUGUCCGGUCUGUGCAUUAAGUGCGCUCAACAUGACGCGGUGAUGGCUGGGUCACAUGCAAACCUGCACAUGCAGACCAUUGAGAGAAUCACUAAGGAGCGGAAUGAGUUACUGAUGACUCUCAAUACUGUACGGAAGAGUCAUCAGGAGGCGCAGCAGAGAGAGUGGGCUGCGUGUUUACAAGUCAAGCAGGCCGUGGAGAUCGUUGAAGAAGCUAAUGUUCAGAAGGCAAAGGUGCAGAUGCAGUUUGAACAGUUGAGCCGGGAGCUGUCACGACUGAGGGAUCGUUUACAGCAAGAAGCCAAGACCAUGGUGCAGAAGCUGGCUGCUGCACGAGACGACGGCCUCACAGAGGGCCGCAAACAGAAAGAGGAGCUUGCAGAUAUAGUAGCCAGGCUCUCUCAGCGUGUAGCUGAUUUGGAAUCCCAGCUCGACAGAGCUCACAGGGACAAGAGCUCCCUGACCAAAGAGCUGGAGGAAACGCUUCGUCGACUUACCACUCUGGAACAAGAAAAUACCAAGGUGUGUGUGGAUCUCCAGUACCAGCUCAGUCAUGCCCAGCUCCAAAAAGAGGAGGCAGAGAGAGAACUCCGAGAGCUCAGCUCCAAGUCCAGUAGACAAAAGGAAAAGGCUGCUCAGGAAGUGGAGCGGCUGAAUUUGGAGCUGGUUGGCUGUCGGCAGCAUCUGGAGGCGGUCCAAACCGACGGGAGCCAAUGGCAGACCGAAGCUCUGAGCCUAGCAGAACAGCUGGCAAACGCCCAACGCCAACUGCACCUCACCAGGCAGGAGAGGGAGGCAGCAGAGCAGGCUCACGAAGACAAGAUGACUUCUGCUACUCUUGCGUGGAGAAGCCGUGAGAAAGACUUGACGUUGCUGCUUCAGCAAGCAGAGUCACAGCACCAGAAGAAAGCCGCGGAGAUGGAUGUUCUUCUGAGCUCCCAGAAUUCCCUCCUCAGCAGGAUGAAGGACCAGUGCUGCAUGCUGGGCGCCACUCUUGAAGAGCUGGCAGAAAAAAACAGGAGUGAGCUGGAGCAUCAGGCGCUGGAGAGGAGACAUCUAGAAGACACCGUGAAGAGUCUGAGAGCUCGCUGCGUGGAGAUGGAGGAGCAGUGUGUGCAGCAUGGCCGCAUGCACCAGUGCAUGAAAGACAGGCUGCUGCAGUUGGACCGGCACUGUCAGAACAGCGCCCAGCAGGUGUGUGAGCUUCUGACCAAACAGAACCAGCUGAUGCAGGAGAGGAACACACUCAGUGAGGAGACGCAGGUCCUGCGUGGCCAGUUGUCCAACUCCAAACAAGUCACCCAAUCCUCGUGAGUCUGACCCUCUGAUGAACCUCGAGUGUCCAGGUUUACAUUUUUAACUGAUUUAAUAAAACAAGUUUUAUUCAAAUAAUAAAUGUGCCAGAGACUUGAUAGACUAGAAAUAUUCACUUUCAGUCAGUGACAUUAUGACCACAUAUUUGGUGUUUUUUUUUUUUUUUUUUUUUUUUUACUUAUGAUGCUAGCGUGAGGGAUCCAGUCAUCUUUGAGCAGGAGACACUAGUCAGCUGCUCCUCAGCAUGAAUCUCACAGUCACAUUACCAUCGGCCCUCACGCAUCCCUGAACCUUGGCUCUUCAGUUUGGUACUGACCACUUCAUCGCUGAGGUGAGAGUCAAACUAAACCAUACAGGAGUCAGAAUGUUGAGCACAGUCCAAUUAAAGGGCUGGAAAAAAAUACUUUU